GUUGGUGGCUACUUUGUAUCCAAAAACCUUAACAGGCAAGUUGAGUCUUUAGCGCGUUAUAGCGCAUAAAGCUCUCGAGUAUAUCGGAGGUUUCAUAAGAGGAGCCCAACGCGCUCCACUUUUAAUCAGAUUAGGAGCCUUUAAUGUUCAAUCCUGUUUUUUUUUCUUCUUCCCUACAGUAGCGGUGCAGGAGUGGCCAAAGCCAAAAGCAGCGAUUCAGAUCAGAUUUCACCUAAACCAGCUAGGAGAGACACCGAGAGCGAGAGAGAGAGAGCAGAGAGAGGGUUUGUCAGUCUCCCUCCUCCCAAAUCCAGAAAAGCUUACCAAGGAAAAAGGAGGAGUGUCGGAGCUGAGAGAGACGCAGAGGAAUCCAGAGGAAUUUCCGAGGAUAUUUUUCUCUUCCUCCCUCCCUCCUCUUGAUAUUAAAAUUUAAAAGUUGGAGGCGAGGCAGCAGGGACCGUGGUCAAGGAUGGACGAGCAGCCGCGGUUGAUGCACUCCCACGGGGUAGGCAUGGCCGGACACCCCGGCCUGGCGCAGCAUAUGCAGGAUGGCACGGCGGGGACGGACGGAGAGGGAAGAAAGCAGGACAUCGGAGACAUAUUACAGCAAAUAAUGACCAUCACAGACCAAAGCUUAGACGAAGCACAGGCGAGGAAACAUGCACUGAACUGCCACAGAAUGAAACCUGCUCUCUUCAACGUCUUGUGCGAAAUAAAAGAAAAAACAGUGCUCAGUAUCCGUGGCGCCCAGGAGGAGGAGCCUCCAGAUCCUCAGCUGAUGCGACUGGACAACAUGCUGCUGGCUGAAGGCGUGGCUGGGCCAGAGAAAGGCGGCGGGUCGGCAGCUGCGGCAGCUGCAGCAGCUGCCACUGGCGGCGUGGGUGCGGACAACUCAGCGGAACACUCUGACUACCGGGCCAAGCUGUCUCAGAUCCGACAAAUUUACCACACAGAGCUGGAGAAAUACGAACAGGCGUGCAAUGAGUUCACCACCCAUGUGAUGAACCUGCUGAGGGAGCAGUCUCGCACACGACCCAUCUCGCCCAAAGAGAUCGAGCGCAUGGUCAGCAUCAUCCACCGCAAGUUCAGCUCCAUCCAGAUGCAGCUGAAACAGAGCACCUGUGAGGCCGUAAUGAUCCUGCGCUCACGCUUCCUCGACGCCAGACGAAAGAGGAGGAACUUCAACAAACAGGCGACAGAGAUCCUAAAUGAGUACUUCUACUCCCACCUCAGUAACCCCUACCCCAGCGAGGAGGCCAAAGAAGAGCUGGCCAAGAAAUGCAGCAUCACAGUGUCACAGGUAUCAAACUGGUUUGGGAACAAGAGAAUCCGAUACAAGAAAAACAUCGGCAAGUUCCAAGAAGAGGCCAACAUGUACGCAGCGAGGACCGCAGUCAAUGCAACGAGCGUGUCUGCUCACGGCAGCCAGGCAAACUCCCCAUCGACUCCCAACUCAGCAGGUUCUGCUGGCUCUUUUAACAUGUCAAACUCCGGAGACUUGUUCAUGAGUGUGCAGUCCCUCAAUGGGGACUCAUACCAAGGGGGGCAGGUUGGGGCCAACAUACAAUCCCAGGUGGAUACCCUUCGCCAUGUUAUCAGCCAGACCGGAGGAUACAGUGACAGCCUCGCAGCCAGCCAGAUGUACAGUCCACAGGGCAUCAACACAAAUGGUGGCUGGCAAGAUGCUCCGACUCCUUCGUCAGUGACAUCGCCCACAGAAGGACCCGGAAGCGUUCAUUCGGAUACUUCCAACUGAGUAAAUCCACCUCUACAUCUCAUCUACAAAAUCCAUGGACUGACGUUGAUAUUCACAGUAUUAAACAAAAGGAGCUCACUGCCCCGCAGUUUGGAGAGGAGCUGUGAAAUCCUAACCAGAAAAAAAAAAAAUUUCCUCUGCUUAUAACGUUGGAUAUUUGGGAUACAAACAAAAAGUUUCACAAUAAAAAUUAAAACAAUACCGCAAUCAAU